CCCGUUGAGUGUGACGCGGCGUGAUCGAUCCAAUUUGUGCGAAUCUUCUGGGAGUCUGUUCCAACCCUUCUCGGCUUUCGAUAUCGGCUGUCUUGACGGGAUCCGAGCCACCGUCCUCCUCGAGCCGCAAUUUGAGUGAGAGCAGAAGGUAUGGUUUCAAGCAAUAGACAGGGUCGGACGUGUGCGCCUUUUCAUCAUGACAACCGGCCCAUGAUAUGCAGAGAUGCCAGGCUCAGACCCAGAUCCAGGCCCAAAAUACCACACUGCUUUCUUUUUGCAAUGUCAGCCAUGGCAAGGGUCUAACUAGGAAUAGUCUAAUCGAUGGCCAACGGUGCGAUCUGGGGCCUCUGUAAGCCCUUUCUGAGUAGGGCACCGGUAGGCAGCCAAAGUACACCCUUCAUCGCCCCUGUCGCCUAAGAUGAAGCUGUAGCCUGGCGCUUGCUGGAGUACGGAUAGAGUGCGCUGAACUGCCCAUUUGCAGGUGGAUCCACCGACGCGCAGCAGGACUAAUUGCUUACAGGGGGGGUAAGGCCUACAUACAGGAGCGGUUUCGAUUCAGCUAAUGGCGCUAUUGGUAUCGUCGGAAGGUCGUGGGCAUCGCAGGAUGACAAUGCAUGGGGCGGCUGACAUUCACUAACGUCGUUUUGGGAUGCUCGACUGCAGGGGGGUGUGGCCGUUGGGAGGUGGGAUUGAUCAUUAUUUACUGCGGGCUCUUCUGGCCCCCAACCGUCAAUAAGCAGUCUUGCGAGGGCACUGCUUACGCCGUUGCCUAGCUCCCGUCGUCUUAUUCAAAGCUUGAUGCGCCCCAGUCUCGGGAGGACGCGCUUUUCGUGGGCCGUCGUUUUCUUUUUUUUGCAGUGAGAGCAACAAGCAGCAUCAUGUCUAUACGCCGCACAGGAACGAGGAGGGUGCCUCAUGGCAGCGCCCCGGGAGCUCCGAAGCCCAAGACGACAUAUCAGACAGUCCAGCAGGGCUUCAAAGAGCUGUACAAUCCUCAGAAGGAGACGGGAUCUACCAUUGACGUCGACGUUGUCUUCGUGCCAGGGUUGGGUGCGCACCCCGAAGACAGUUGGAAGUCCGAAUCUGGCUUCAACUGGGCGACCGGCAUCUAUGAUGGCGUCUCAAAGACGUCGUCCGAGUCCACCGGCAAGAAGGAUGGCCUGGCGAGGGACUUCCCCAAAGCUCGGAUACUGUUGUAUCAGUACGAGUCGGCGUGGGUGGGAGACCUCAAAGUAAAGACCUUCAUGAGGGACAUUGCCAAGACAAUGCUCGAGGGCUUGCAAGCAAAUCGAGAAAAAAUCCGAGAUCGCCCCAUCGUCUUCAUCGGCCACAGCAUGGGAGGCUUAGUCGUUGCCAAGGCCAUAACGCUUGCCGCAGACACAUACCGGGAUAUCUUCCCAAGAGUAUUCGAAUGCAUUGCUGGGUGCGCGUUCUUCGGUACGCCCUUCGGCGGUGCCCACGUUGCCGCCGUCGCCUCCAUGCUCGGAGAUAUCGGCGAAAGGCUAGGUUAUACCAAGUCUUCAGCUCUGGUGAAGAUGAUGACGCCCGGAGAUGAAAGCCUGAACGAGCUGCGAGGGGACUUCCUGCGCUUGGCUCUCAAGUUGAGCCCGGUAGUCCAGCUCACAUGUUUUUACGAGAAUCACCCGACCGACUUCACGCAAGAAAGGUACGGCACGACCAUGUCAAAGAUCGCCAAGGCCAUUAUCCCCAAGAAGGACCAGGACUUCGUGACGAGAGAAUCUGCAACACUGCCCGGAAUCGAGGAGAUGGGCCUCGCCGCCAACCAUCGAGACCUUGUCAAAUUCGCCGACUUCAAGGACUUCCGGUACCAGCUGGUGAGGGAACCCCUGAAGAGAAUCAUUCACGGUGCCAACCUCGUCGUCAAAAACCGUCUCAAUUCGACGCGUGGCAUCGAGCCGGAAAUCGUCAACGAUGUGAUGGAGUUGCUGAACGGCGGCAAGAUGUCUAACAAACGAGACAUGCUUGCGCUUCAGUUCCCCCCAUCCAUAUGGAUACCCGAAGAGCCGGUGUACCUCGACUGGUUAAAGGAGGACCAUGAUGUGGAGAGCACGGCGCAGCAAAGCAGGGGACAGGCUCUGUACAUCCGCGGACCAGAGGGAAGAGGAAAGACACGGGCGACGAUGGCGGCGUUGCAAGGCGUCGACAGGAUGAUAAAAGCCGACGAAAAGGAGAACAACGGGCGGGGGCCACUCCUCUCUGCCUACUUCUUCUGCGAGCCCUCGACGGAUUUCUCGACCGCCGAGGACUUGCUCAAAUCCCUAGUUCGGCAACUCAUCCGUCAGCAGGCCACCCUGGCCGUAUACGCGAAGCACUUUGUGAAGAAGAAGGGCGAGGACUCCUCGAGAACCUCGGCAAACCUCACAGUCGAGAACUUGUGGCAGACCCUCCAGGACAUGCUCACAGACGAGUUUAUCGGUCGGAGAGUGUACUUUGUCAUCAACAACCUGCACGUCUUGCCUGAGGAUGCUGAUUCGACAAAAAAGCUGAUGCGGUUUUUGAACGCAGAGAUGCAAGAACUCAGGAGCGAAGACGAGAAGCGGGUGCCAACAAGAUGGUUCUUCACGAGCCGAGAGAUUCCGCACGUCGAGGAUGCCAUGGGGGUGGACCAAAUCCGGCUCAUCGACCUCGAGCACGACAAGUACUGCGACCAGGUUCAGCUGGAAUUGCGGAAGACGGCACAGGAAAAGGUUCAGGAACUGGGCCACUCGAAGAAGUACAACAAGGCGCUCACAUACUACGCGAGCAGUCUGAUCGGCAAGCGGGCAUCCAACAGCCAGUGGAUCAAACUGUCCUGCAUGCAGCUGGCGGAGCUGCCCGACGCUGAGAGCGACCUCAGGAUUCGCCACAUGCUGGAGGGUAUGCCUCAAGAGCUCAAGGCCCUGCUGGACGCAGCGUGGUCGCAGAUCUUCCAUUCCAAUGAGAAAGAGGCCGACAAGAUCAAGGAGUUGCUGCGAACACUCGUCCUCACGUUCGAGGAGCCCACCGAGGACGAGCUUGUCGUUCUGGCCGGAUUCCCGGCCACAGAGGAAGGCAAAGCUGAACUCCAAGAUCUGGUCAAGAAGUGCAGACCACUGCUCACGGUGAAACGGAGCGGCAAGACCGAGAAUACUAUCGGCUUCAUGGACAGGGUCGUCAAGGAACAUCUCUUGGAGAAAGAGACGUCCAAGAGAACGUUGGGCAUGACGAGCGAUGAGGGGAAAUGGCAGCAGGGCAUCCUCGCUCUCAGAUGCUUGGCACACAUUAAGGAAGCGUUUGACUUCCCUCCGGAAGAGAAGCCCUCUGCGGAGACUCACGACGAAGACGGUGAUGCUGAAGCCCAGCCUGCGGAAGACGGCGAGGAGGAUGCCGAACAAUCCGAAGCAGAAGAACAGAACACCGAGUCGGAGACGGACGAUUCAGACAAUGAAACAGACUGGGACGAUGACGACUCCACCUAUGGCCAGUACGAUGAGGACGACGAAGCCGAGGAGGCUCGUUCGCUGGCCGAAAAGGUCCUGCCGUACCCCGUUAAGCAUUGGUUGCACCACGCCAGCAAGGCCACGUUGGAGAUAGCCGAGGACCUCAGCGAAGACGAUUUUUGGCAGACCGAGUCCCUGAUUCGGUAUCGAUGGCUCAUUGUUUACAUGUCCACGACAAAGGUCCUCAACGGGUUUGAGACCAAGGGCCUGACCGCUCUCCAUAUUGCUGCCGCAGUUGGCUUCAAGCAGCUCGUUUCGGCUCUCAUCGAGAAUGGCCAUGCUGAUGAGAUCAACAAGCGGGACGAGCUCUUUAAUACUCCUCUUCAUUUCGCUGCUUAUAUCGGAAGGCCAAACACUGUGGACGAGUUGAUCAAGCGAGGCGCCAACAUUGACGACUGCAUCGAAAUCGGCGAGCAGACUCCGUUGCACAUGGCUGCAUUUGCCGGUCAUGUCAAAGUAAUGGAUAGGCUGAUUAAGAUGAAAGCCAACACCAACGCGAUCGCAAGCGACGUCGGCCCCGUUAUGAACGCCGCCAUCUCCUCCGGUAACCCCGACGCUGUCAAGUUGCUUGUCGAAAACCAGGUGUCGCUGGCGGUCGAGGACGACACCAUCGACUCACCGCUGGCUCUGGCCGGUCUGCAUUCAGACCUCUCCAUGUUUGAAUAUCUCACAAAGACAUAUGCCGACAAGCUCCCUGCCAAGGAAUACGACAAGGCGUUCAUCAAGGCUGCCGUCUCGGGCAGAGUGGACGUCUUCAACAAGUUGCUGACUUACUCACACUCCCAAGAAUGUUUCCAGGACGCCUUGGAAGCGGCAGCAACAGAGGAGAACUGGGACAUCGUCUUGAUCCUUCUCGAACAACGCCAGGGUCUUGACUGUGACCAGCUUUUCCUGCGUGCGGCAACAACGGCGGAACACCAGGACAAGGUCCUGGAGGCUGUUUGGAAGUAUACGAACGGAAACAUAUCUGCCGAAAAGCUCAACGAGAGUCUGUACGAAGCUACGGAUCUUGAGAAAGAAUCUACAGUAAAGCUGCUGAUUGAGACGUUCAAUGUCAAUCCCAAUGCGACUGGAGAAUACUACGGAACUGCCUUGACUGCCGCCGCCUACGACGGAACUCUCGAUAUUGUCAAGCUGCUUCUCGACAGGGGCGCCGAGGUUGACUUCCCCAACGGAUGGGCUCUCCAGGCGGCUUCCUCCGAAGGGCACUACGACGUGGUUAAGGAGCUUCUCGACCGCGGAGCUGACGUCAACGCGUUCACUACGAACGAGAACUUUCCGCAGGGUACGGCUUUGCAGGUGGCGUGCGAGUCGGGCAAGCUUGAAAUCGUCACGCUGCUGCUGGAGCGCGGUGCCAACCCCGACCUAGGUGCCGGAGACGAUACCUGUCCACUCAUCGCCGCUGCCUCAAAGGGAGAACAGGAAAUCCUCAGACUUUUAGUCAAGGCCAGGGCAGAGGUCAACGUAUUUGGCGGGUGGGACAAGUCGACAGUGCUCAUUAACGCUGUCGCUAAUCUCCCCGUCGAGUCGCUACAGGUACUUGUCGACGCCGGCGCCGACGUCAACCUGGCCGACCAGGAGGCCGACACGGCUCUAAUCGUUGCUGCUCGCGAGGGAGACGGGGCCAGUGUCAAGUUCCUCUUGGACAACGGGGCCGACAUAUUCCAUACGAACCAAGACAACGAAAACGCCCUUCAGUCGGCCAUCGUAUACGGUGGUGACGAGGAAUGCACCACGAUACUCGUCGAGCGCAUUUCGGAGCUCAUGGCGGCGUUGAAAAAGGCCAUGCAAGAAGGGAACACCGCCGUUUCCAACGUAGUCCGGAGUGUCGGCGUCGGAAAUCACAGCCUUAACUACGACGACGAGGGGCCUCGGCCGUCGCAGGUGCAGGAAGAGAAUCAUUUGGUGACCGAAGACACGCAACCGAAUAUCAACGACAAGGGAGAAGUCAAAUCUGAUGAAGGGGAUGGAAAGGGGGUGAAUGAGAAUGUUGCGAGGACCGCGUCGUUCCAAGACGGCGCUCAAAGCGUCGAGAACGAAACGCAUGAGACGGAAGACAGCUCUUUCCGACCCGUGAGAGAGUUGUCCAGAGAACUCGAGGCUGCCCUCACUGCUCAGGUGUCGCUGCUUCACGAGUACACGUCUGCGCCUCCGAGACCGGAGAAGGUGCUCGAGAAGGCUCCCGCGGAGCUCCCUCCGACGACGAUCGCGGAGUUGCCUUCUCAGCGGAGAUAUUCCCAGCAACCGCAGGUGGAAGAAUCGUUCGGUCAUUAUGAGUUUGACCAGCUGACUCUCAUGGAAGACUGGUCCAGCAAGCCGGCUGAUAAACCGACUGUCGUCAAGCAGCCCACACAGCAGCAGCAGCAGCGGGCCUCUCAAGCCGAAAAUGUCCUGAGCGAGCCGGUGCUUUCACCCGGCCAGGCGCCCAUCCGUCGGAAGCCCGCGCCAAAUGUCUCAUUCGGUGCGGCGUAUGUUCAAAACCCUUCGCCUGCGCCGCCGCCUCAGUCCAACAGUCAAUACCAGCCGCCGCCUCAGCCAGAUCAGACGGCGAGCUUCGACCAGCGGCCGCCUUACCAAAACUCCGCAUCGUAUCCUGGGGCGCCGGCGUAUCAAGGAGCUGGAUACCCCGGCUCGGUCCCAACGCAGGCACAGCUCCCGUCACAUUUGGUUGUCGACGGUAGGGUAUCCGUCGAAUACUCGUCUCCGCUGCAGCAGCCGUCCGGCGCCUACCACGCCCCCUACGAUCCAUCGUCGUACAGCAGGCCAAGCAUAGACACGCCGCCGCAGAAGACACAGCCGUUUCCGGACCUGCCGUACACGGCCCCGGGGGCGUGGCAGAAUAGCCCGCCUCUGAGCGGGGGACAACCGGCGCACCGGCAUUCAUAUUUCGGCCCUGGCAACGGAUCGCCACCCCAGCAGCAGCAGCAACAGGAGUGGGCUGGCCAAGACUCGAGACCUGACUUGAAGUCUCAUCGUGCGUCGUUCUUGGGCAUGAAGAACACACUGGACAAGGCAAAGCAGUUCAGUACGGGUAUCAUGAACCGCAGGACAUCGGGGUUCUGAAGAGGGACGGAAACACAUAAUGCGCGAGAAGUUCUUAGACGAUUCUUCUGCAGAGUUAAUAGGCAGUGAUGAAACAAAAUAUU